AUGGAUGCCGAUGUCGAUGCGAUUGAUAUCGACGCUGAUGAUGACGACGAUGCUGGUACAUUCAGCAUCGACAAUGACUGUCACAGUGAGGACGAUGGCGCCCUCUUUGGUGAAGACAACGUUCUUUCAGCAGUGCACACGAAGCGCACUGCUGUUGACAAGGAUGAAUCAGCAGAGGAAUUUCUGCUGACUCGCGAAGCGGUUGUCCGCUUCGUUCAAGACUCUACGCAGAUGCAUUAG